AUGGACUUUCGCAGAAUACUGAACAGAGAUGCAGAAGGAAAUCAAGGUCAAAACGCGAAUACCAUACAACAGCGCCUCACAGAGCUACUACGAUCAUACGACAGAUCCGGAGGAAGCAGUACGACGGACUUAUGGGAACUACGACGUAGGUUCGCCAAUAUCAUACCUUUCGACGACCCCUUUUUUCUCCCAAAAUUCUCCGACUUUGGCCUAUCAGCCAGAGAGCUCGAUCAACAGAACGGAAGGGCCACUUUCCAACUCGGCGGCGUCAUCCCAGCUGUCGGAUUACCGAUUGAGUAUACCCCACCGGUGGUACUCCAUCCCGAUGCGUUCGCACAUUUCGUGCCGAGGUUCAGACGUCAGAACCCCUUUCGCGACCAACAGCCUCCUCCCAUACCGCCACGUCCUAGGCUACCCCCUAUCAUACCGCGGGCCGAGAACGCUUAUCAACAAGCUGUCGGUAACGCAGGAGCAGCAGCCAUCAACGCCGCAAACCAAUUACGUCCAGCCCUGCCGCCACUCAGAGACGUCCUCAACCCGUUGGGACUUACCGCAGAAGAACACCCAGUUGAAACCGCCGAGAAUGUGGCAUCAACUUCCAAGAAACGACAUCGGCACAAACAUUGCAAGAGCUCUUCGAAGACCAAGCGACGACGCAAGAAAAGCUCUUCUCCAUCAUCGUCCAGUUCUUCUUCCCUCUCCUCGAGCGACAGCUCGAGCGACUCAGACGACGUGGUCGACACCCUACCCUUCGCAAAGGCCAAGAAUCACAUUUCUGGUCCCUUACCAGUUGGCGCUCAAGACAUCGCAGAUGCGGUCAAAGCUUACAGGAAAGCUGGCUGGGCAGUCUCGAUCGACAAGUUCAAUCUGGAACCGAACAGGCCACUGGGCUUCCCUUUUUCCCUUGUACCGGCUCUCCUCAGAGGCCACUACAUCUGCCCAGUCAAGGUGUUAUGGCCGGAUGAAUACGAUGCGAAGAAGUCACCAAAACCCACAGACACUUUCACAUCAAUCCGUCACUUCUUCCCGAACGAGCGCGAGUGGCGACGCGUCAUCGACCUCAUCGGAGCCGCCAUCGUUUUCGGUUUUCCAACCACUGAGGACGAUAUGCGCAGGUACCUGGAGCACAUUUACGACAUGCUCAACCUCUUCGCAGAGCACGGCGACUGGUCCCAAAUUGUCGACUACGACGCCCGAAUGCGCCUCGCUUUUGCAACAAGACCAGCACUCUCCUUCGGAGAUUUCAACAGCCCAGCCCUUCUCGCUGUCAGAACCUUUGCCACGUCUACUGGCAUCCAAAGACAACGACCUACCCCUAGCGCUGCCCAACCUACCUACGCUUCCCAUGCUGUACAAAACGCAACGCCACAAUCUUACGCGUCUUCUAGCGCGCGACCCUUUAGGGAAACUACCCAUGCACCGAAGCGCAGGAAUUCUCAGGCUUCUACGCCCCGCCCUGUAUGGCACGGCAACAUCAAGCCGACAACCCUUGCAGAACCGGACGUAUUCACCAUGUGUGCGACGUCGUCGGAUGCAACGCGUCUCACACCCGCAAACAGCACUACAACCUCAACUAGAGUUCUUGACACGACUAUCAAGAGCUUUGUGCUACAAUCGGUCAGCGAGACCCUCACCAAGUAA